AUGCUGUCACCCGCGUCCAGGCGCAGACGGGGCGCAGCAGCAGCAACAGCAACCAGCACCAGGAGAAAACGCGGAGGGCGCCAGCAGCAGCAGCAGCAGCAGCAGCAGCAGGAAGGGACAGAAGAUGAGGAGUUCUUCGACGCCGAGGAAGAAGCCUCUCCGCAGUCCAUAGACGCGCGCCGCCUGGGACCUGCUGCUGCUGCAGCAGCAGCAGCAGCAGCACCAGCAGCAGCAGCAGCAGCAGGGAGAAGAAGGCGAAUAGUGCAUCCCGAGAUUACCUAUGAAGUGGGGGGCCCCCAAGAGGGCCCCCGAAUGAUGCGCUUUUACCUGGGGCCCGCUUUUGCUGCUGCUGCUCAGGGGGCCCCCCGGGGGCCCCCCCCGGGGCCCCCCGGGGCUUUGCUGCUGCAGCGGAAGCUGGACAUUAUAAAGCAGCGGCAGCAGCGGCAGCAAGCUUUGCGGCAGCAGCAGGCGCUGCGGCUGCUGGAGGCCCAGGCCAAAGUUGUCAGCAGCGGCUUAAGUAUAGAAAACUCUUCGGGGGCAGCUUUGGUGGAAGACUUGCUGCUGCACUGCCACAGCUGCUGCAGCAGCAGCUCUGCUGCUGCCCCGCGCCGCAGCCCGGGGGGCCCCCAAAAGGACGGGCGGCCCCCCGAGGCGGCCUCGGGGGCCCCGGGGGCCCCGGGGGCCCCCGGGGGCCCGGGAAGGCCUCACCCAGGAACUUUUCCUGAGUUGCAUCUGCAGCAGACUGGCAGCAGAAGAGAGCCACACACGGAAGCAAGAGCUUCAUUGCUGGCCUUCUCUCGAAUUUCAAGGAAAAUAUAUUCCGAACAACUUGCCGCUUUCCGCAGCGCCUCCUGCGGUGGUGCAGGGACAGCGCAGCAGCAGCAGCAGCAGCAGCAGCAGCGGCAGGAGCAGCAGCAGCAGCAGCAGGAGCAGCGGGAGGAGGGGGAGGCCGAGUGCAGGUACUUGCAGGGGAAAUGCGAGCAGCUGCUGCUGGAGGAAGCAGCAAGAAGUGCUGCAGCAGCUGCAGCAGCUGCAGCAGAAGAUGAUUUCAUCAGGGCCCAAAUCUUGCUGGAUAUCGACAGGGCCAGAACCAGGCGCUCCGCGGGGGCGGGCCCCAGCGGCCUCAGCCACAAACACAGUGCAGCAAGAGAAGGAGCAAGCGCUGCUGCUGCUGCUGCUGCUGCUGCGCCCAGGGCCAGCGCUAGCCCUGCUACUGCUGCAGCAAGUAACACUGAAGAUGAAAGCGAAGCAUCUUGUUUGAGGAGAAAAGAAAAGCGGCGAAGACCGACUCGGCUGAAGCCGUGCCAGGCGCUG